CUCGCCCGUGUCUAUCGGCUCUUCUUACACCCAGACGUCUGCGCCCCGCUGCUGUCUACGAGCCGCUGGCAGCUCGACGCAACCAGCUGGGUCUAUGCCGUCGCCAUGAUCGUCGCCCUGGUCCCCUUUGUGGUGGGCAGCACGCUGGCCAUCCCUAAGCUGUACCUGUACGGGCCCAGCUUCCUGAUGGGAUUUCUCGGCGUUUUGAUGGUCGUCACCACGCUGCACCCUUUCAGGAUACCCAUCGGCAUCAACUCCCAACCCAUUGGGACCCCGCUGCGGCCUCUGAUCUACUACGCCGCCGAGGACUUCAUGGCUGUCGACGGCUUGCAGGACCGUGAGUUCAGGACAAGGUACAAUGAUCGCUAUGCCACCAAUCCCAUGUUUCGCCGCUUCUUCUUCAACCUGACCCUGUGGUGGACCUUGGGGGUAUGCGUGUACAUUGGGAGCGUGUCGGCUGUUAUUUGGACGCUGGAGUUCCACUAUGCCUUUGGCUUGUCGCUGGGCGUGCUAUUCAGCUAUAUUACGUGCUGGGCGAUUGUCACGUUUGUGUGGGUGAAAAUGGAGAUGAAGAGGGAGCAUGAGGCGUACGAGAGGGGGGACUUUGAUGUGUAAAACUUUCUUGAGAAAGGAAUUAGAUGGCCCAAGUACAAAGUCCCUUAGUAAGUCCUCGGGGAAUACUAUGUCACCAACAGCCGGCAAAGCCCCUGUAAAGCGUCAUCGGGAGUCGAGCAACGUUCGUGUGUGUCGAGACUAUGAAUAUACGACCUCGGUAAAUCCCAUGCAUGUGCUCAUGAGGGGGCAUUAUACAAGAGUUGGACCACCCACAAGGCCAACCAAUAAUCUUGGGUCUUGGCAGAACAGUAUUAUUUCGUGGGCCAAGGCAUAAUACAAUUACUUACA